UGUAUUUAAUGUGUUAAUAGACAUUAGUUUAAAAUAACUUCCAAAUUACGCACACAUUUAUGAUGCCAUAUUAAACACGUAAAGGUUAAGGUGGACAGAAUAUGUUAUUAUAACUGACGAGUUAUUUUUAUCAUAAACUAAAGGUUAUUAGAAUGUUCGUACUUUGAACUGACACAAAUAAGGAUACAUCUGACUGUUAAAAUAGAUAAAUAACCUAGAAGAUAUUUAUCGAAUCGUUAGAAAGUACGCGUCACUGCCAGAUGCGUACCUACUUUUGUCUCCCGCCUAGGUUGUGGAGCAUUGGCUUUUUACAUCUAUGUGCGCAAUUAAUACGUAUUCAUACGGUAAGGGAAAACAUCGUGAUCAGUGAAAAAUCAAUAGCAUGACAGAAGACUGAUCCUACUUUUCUACAAAUGAUCUAAAAAACAGAGACAUACUUCUGUGCUGAUAUGGUAGUUCUGUAGACACGUUCGAUAUGCGAUCUUAAAAAAUAUAAAUAGCAAAAUCCUUUUUAAUGUAGACACCUAGAAAAUAUUAUAGUCAUACAGAAUCGUUAUAAAAGUAUUCAAGAAUAUUAAAACAUUUUUUUUUUUGGCUAUGAAAAAUUUAAAGGUAUGAAAAAAGCCUUGAGUGAAUAAUUUGAUAUACAAAUUACAUUGCGUAAUUAAUAUGAAGAAUAUUUUCUAAGCUAGAAAAUUAAUUUUAAACAUCGUGGCAUAAUUUAGCUCAAUUAUCCUCAUACUGAUACGAUAAAUAGCGAUGAGAGUAGUAAGAAAUCCAAGGCGCAUGCGUGUAAUCUGCCUCGGCUAGGCAAUGGGCAAAAGCGGCAGAACACGGUCCCGCUUGCGUGUGUCCCCAUCGAUCCGAAUUGCUACGCGUUAAUAAGCGCAGGCCGCCACCACGGCGAUCUGCACCAUGCAACCCCCACCGAGAAAGAGUAACUACACGAAGUUUCUCAAAAAUCUACACUCAGAGCAAAUCGCAAAGCUUUAUGCAAAAAACCAACAUGAGUGCGAUUUAUUGGAAGAUCUCCGCACAUAUACCAUCAAAAGAUCUGCCAUUGAGAAAUCAUAUUCCGAGGCGUUAUUAAAAAUAUCUUCAGCGUACCUUAAUAAGAAGAUUCCUAACAUACCGGAUAUAAAAGUGGACGGCGCUGAAGAAAAAUGGAAUAUGUGGAAUGUCUGGAGAACUGUUUUGGAAGAGAACGAAAAAUUAGCGCGGGCUCGCCUUGCUGCGGUGGAAGUGUUCCAACAACAGAUUGCAGAUGAAGCCAAACAGCUGAGACAACAUAAAAUUAAUGUUGCAAAAAAGAGCACGGAUCUACUCGCCCAAGCACACAAAGAGCUUCAACUGUCAGUACUUGAUGUGGAUAAGAACAAGAAGCUUUACUUUGAUGAAGAACAUACCGCUCAUGAUGUGAGAGACAAAGCUAAAGACAUAGAAGAGAAGUUAAAAAAGAAAAAAGGGUCAUUCUUCCAAUCAAUAACUUCAUUGCAAAAAAAUAGUGCAAAAGUGUCUUCUCGCCGCGAUCAACUUGAAGAGAAAUCUACAGGUGCUAGGAACGAUUAUCUUCUUAGCAUUUCUGCAGCAAAUGCACACCAGAAUCGGUACUUUCUGGUGGAACUACAGUCCUGCAUGCAAAGUAUGGAAGGAGCUGUCUACGAAAAAGUAUCUGAGUUUUUAACUCUCAUGGGUCGAACUGAACUGCUUACUUGUUCAGCCACUCAACAUUCUUUCGGCAAAAUUCGUGAUCAAGCUCAACAAUUAACCAGGGAGUAUAAUUUACAAUGCAUCUAUCUAUACUACCCAGUUCUGAAGCAACAUAUUCAGUAUGACUUCGAGCCUUGCGAUAACGAUCCAAUUGAUACGGUGACAAUGGAGCAUGAAACUGUUGCACAAACUUUGGCUCAGGAAGCCCGUCGUUGGGCCACACGGGUCGUCCGAGAGACAUCUCUUGUCAGAGAUGCUACCCGAAAAUUGAACUUAUAUCAGGCAAUGCGAGAUGCUGGCCAAAAGGUUGAUCCUAAUGAUCCUAAUGGACCCGAGUUAGAUGUACGUAUGGAUGAACUGCGCACAAACAUAAGGCGUUCGGAAACAUCAAAAGUUAAAUACGAAGCUCGAUUGGAAUGUUUAAGAAACGGUGGCGCCCCAGUCGACGAAUGGCUGAAAGAAGUCGACCUAUUGGCAGUACAAGAAACUUUGCCACGAAGCAGUAGUUUAGUCAGUGUUCGCACUGAUGCAUCUGGAGCUGCGGAUCAACCUAGUUCGGACUCAUUUUACGACAGUGAUAACACUGAAGGUGACGUAGCUACUUCCGCUGUCGCUACAACAUCCGGUCAUCAACGUACAACUUCUGAUUCACAACACGAAGAUGAACAAGAUGACGAGGAAGAUGCUGAGUUAGAGGAAGAUCGCAUGCGUAUCGAACAAUUAACAGCUGGUUGGGACGACCCCACACAAGUGAAUUGGGGUGAAACAGAAACUGAAACCGUUGCUCCGGCGGCUGAACCUGCAGAAGCUCCCGUAGCUCCACUUUAUAAGUGUACAGCUUUGUACUCAUACACUGCUCAAAAUCCAGAUGAACUAUCAAUCAUUGAAAGUGAACAGUUAGAAGUAGUCGGUGAAGGCGAUGGUGACGGUUGGCUUCGUGCACGUAAUUACCGCGGCGAAGAAGGAUAUGUACCACAUAAUUAUCUGGACAUUGAUAGAGAACAGCCAUCGAGUACUCCAGGGCUUGUUACACAAAUUUCUUUUUCAUCCGUCGACUAUACUGUGGAGGGUGAGGAUGCUGAUGUCAUCCAGUCUCCUGACCAGAUCUCUGUGAUUUCGGCACCAGUUGUCAAACCGGAAGAGCAGAUAGUUGAAAAGCAACGAGAUGAUGAACCGUCGGCGGAGUCAUUACCAACGCUCGGCUUUUGUUUUGCCCUUUAUGAUUAUGAUGCAGAGGCAUCCGAUGAAUUAAAUCUAGAAGAGGGACAGAUAAUUCGCAUUGUCUCUCGUGAGGCUCAUGAAGUGGACGAUGGUUGGUGGCGCGGUGAAGUAAACGGAGCUGUUGGAAACUUCCCAUCGUUGAUUGUUGAAGAAUGUGACGAGAAUGGCGAUCCAGUAAGUGGAGCUGAUGAGGACUGGACUCCUCCCGAUUCAACGGCACCUGUAUUUGCGUCCCCACCUGGGUCUCCCGGCAGCGAAUUCAACGAUGACCAAGUGGUGAAUGAGAACAACAAUAUAAAAAGUGCUGCGCCACCUGCGGACCCGCCACCACCUCCACCGAUCGGAAUGGGCGACUCAAUGGACAGUCAACCAGAUUUCAGCUUUAAUCUGGAACUUAGUAGGAAUCAUCAUGACCAAUACGACACUCAAUUCUCACCACAACAACCUAUCGCGCCUUCAAUCGUUGUUGAUGAGGUUGUCGGUGAAAAUUUUGAAGACGAGGAAGAGGAGAUACCCCCCGCCCCGCAACCGAAACCGCCUCCGCCAAAAGUUGAACUUCCCACUGAAGAUUGCGGCCUCGGUGUGGCACAAAUAGUAAUCACUGCCGCCACCCCUAUGGUGGAGGAACCAGAACAACCAUUUCCACCUACUGAACCUGAGCUACAACAACGGGAGCCGCCACAAGAAGAUGAGCGAGCUGAGGAAAAUGACGACGAGGAAUCCUCUCUAUCUGAACAGACGGCUGUAUGUCUUCGGGACACAGACGAGGGUCACGCAGACUCCGCACCGCACCCAGCUUCAAGCUCGACAGCCUCAGAAGGCGAGUCCACUGGUGCCUCGGUAGCCUCAGGCCCUCCCACCGCUCCCCAUUCCCCACCUGCCGCACCCCGCGCCGGCCGCGCUUCUAUCCCUGACGAAUUAGAACCCGCACAACUAGCGCGGCUCACCGAUCUGAAAGAAUCCAACGCCUAAGAAUACGUUUUUCGCUUUCGUUUCAAAUCAACUUUCUACUAGGUUGUCUACGCAACGUCGCCUUGUAGACAAUGGCUGUCUGGCAUUCUACUAGUCCGGUGACUGAUGUUGUUGACAUCAAUUUAACUUUAUAUUUAGUGUUAUAACUGUAAAGACAGACUGCUUCGACUAUCCCAUAAGACCGUUUCUCACAUUAGUUUUGUAUGCUAUCUUUUAGAGAUAAAUCUAACAAGCGUCUACUGUAAUGGUACCUACUGUUAGGUGUUUCAAAGUAUAUAACAUAAUAUAGAAGGUAGUAAUUUUAAUAAAAAUAAAUGCCUUUUAGAUGUUACUUCUACUUAUAUAUAGAAAUUGUAUUAUUCCUUUUACCUAAUUACUACGAAAUUGAUCGCAAAAGUUGUAGUAAUUUAUAUUUCGCUGUAUUCGUUUUGACUGCUACAACGACUAAAAUAUACGAUUUCAUCAAUAAUUGGAUACACAAUAAAAGUAUUUAUUAACCUGUUCUAUUUAGAAAUAACAUUAUUAACAUAAUUGUAACGAAUAACACAAAUCCAAAAAUAUUCAUAUACCGUCAUAUUGCUACCUACCUAGGUGAAUGUGUUAAUAUUUAGACAAAUAUCGUUAAAUCAGCUAAGCAUUCGUUUAUUUAAGGUUACAUAAAAGUGUAAAGAUAUCACGAACACUUGCUUUAUUUAAUUUAUUAUCUAACCCUUAAGAGAUAUGUUUGCAAUUGGUUUAAUAGUUUAUACUAUUUACUACUUAUGUAUAAAGUAUACAAUGAAAUGGCCAUGAAGUUAGUUGGAUAUUUCUUUACUUUAAAAUACCUUGAACCUUUGUGAAAUAUUACUUGUCUGGUAUAACUAAUCUGUAAAAUGUAAAUGAUUAUUUAUAAUAAUAUUUUUUAGUACUUUGGAAUAAUUUGUAUUAAGUUUCGAUUUAUCCUAAACACUUACUUCAGUAAGGCCCUAAACAGCUUUAAAUUUUGCAUUUUUUAUGAAGUGGGAAACGGUCAUCAAAGUAAUGUAGGUUUGUAUAUAAUUAGUUUUUUAAUUUAUACGUCCCUAAAUUUCCUGACAUGCUCAGGUUCAGUGAGAAAGCCUAGACAAGUAGCCUUGAACUUCUCAAGUAGAAAUUACGAAUCAUUGCUAUUACUUACGUACCGUAAACGUUUUGAGAUUCACUUUGUAUAUUACCAGUCUUUUAUUACCUAAAUAACUGUUAAGUAUCCGUCUCUCUUCGUUGUCUAUAUUUUAUUGUGAUAAUCAAUUAUUUUUUAUCAAUUUACUUCUUUUAAAAGAGAAACAAUUUUUCAUUCUGUAUCAAACACAUUCACUACAACGAAAUUUCUUGGCAAUAGAUUAAGACAUCAAAUUGUUAAUUUUUAGAUAGUUUAAUCCCUAAAAGGUAUAAAUAAUUUAGGUUGUUCAGAGUACCAUUUUGAAAUAAGCUAAUAACGGGGCCUCAUGUACAUAGAGGUCUUAUUGUAUCGUAAAUAAAACUGUUAUUAUCAUUAAUUUAGUGGCCUGCUGUACAAAAUACUCUAUUAAUGCUUAUUUUAGACUUGUUUUUCUUACUGCUCAUCUUUUUGGAAGCCUAAACCACAAAAUCAUAAAGUCGUUCAUUAUAUAAUACCCAUGCAUUUUUUAUGUAUUACACUUAUAUCUUCACUAACUGACUGUCACUAAGACUAAAUAUUUCUUAAUAUGUACAAGUUUGCAGUAUAGUAGCUGUUGGUUGUUAGUUGUUAUUUAGAUUAAUAUGUUAAAGUUAGUAAUAUUUUAAUGCUAGUUACAAAUAUCAGUAUUUUUAGGUUAUCUGAAUGAGUUUAAAUGAGGUAUAAUUCAAUAUUCGCACAUUAACUAUGGUAAAUAAAUGAAUUUACAUUUCGCAUCUGCAUUUGAGACCAGCCACUAAGACGGUAUUGAUAAUGUUUCAGUUUUUUUUGUUCUGAUAACUUUAAGUAUAGUAAGAAUUUUAGCAAAAGUUUCUACUGUUGUAUAGCUAUGCAUGCCUAUUAUUCAAUACUACGUAAACGGAUUGAGCAAACUUGACGGCAAAAAAAACUAUAGAAUCUUAAAGAUAAACAGCAGAAAUAGGCAAGGUACAGCAGGGGACCAGCCGAUUUUUAUACCAUUACGUCAUAUUGGAAGCGUUCUUGUAAUCUAAAAAAAUAUAUUGGUACAUACUCGAUGACAUCGUUUAACUCAAUGACAGCCAAUGACAAUUUUGUAAUAUAUGUAUUAAUGUUCUCAGGAUCUUAUUUUCACAUAUUUCCAGGGCUAUUAAAGCCAGUGAGUGACGUUUAAUAUUGAGAGAGGACUGUAGCACUCUGUACACUCUAUAAUUGUAUUAAAUUAAAAAAAAUGUAUAUUCAGUGUCUGUUUGUAAUACAUAUGUUAUAUGUUGCAAUAUCAUUAGUGUUUCCGUAUCACGUGAUGCUUUUCUUUAGAAGAACCAAUUAAUAUACUUAUUAGAAAAUGUUAGCCAGAGUGCUAGAAUUCUGCGGAAAGAAUUGAAUAAAGUAUAGAAUAUACGCACUCA